ACCUCAGUACUAGAAAACGAAGCGCGUUCUCUUCUUGGCUUCAAAAGAGGAAGCGAACGCGUGAGGGAAACCCACAGCCGAAAAUCGAGAUGCGUCCCUAAGCCACAAAAGCCGAGCAAUCCCAUCCAUUCCCAGAUCUGAAAUUCUGAACUCGCCAUCUCCUCUUUGUAAAGCCCAGAGGCAACCAAAGCCGAGCAAUCCCAUCCAUUCCGAUUCCGGUCGAGUGGAAGGAGUCGCCACCAUGCCCCGCAGCAGCCGCCGCAACCCGGAGCCGGAUGUCGUCGACCACGGCAGCGACGACGACGGCAACGUCGACGUGUUCCAAAACAAGUGCUCUCAAACAAGCAGGGGCCAGGAAGCAAAGACAUCGUUGAGCUUGAAGAAUGCAUCACCCUCCUUUCACCUCCCCCCAAACAAAAGGUCUAGCAGAAGGCACAAAACAAGUAAAGACAAGUUGGACACUGAAAUUUUUGAAAUGUGCAUGGAGGAUGUUUGGACAUGCAUAGAUCCGGAAAAGAUGACUGAUUAUGCAUAUUUUGAUUCAUUGUGGUUUAAUAUCUACACAAAUGAGAAUGAUAAAUCGAAUGUCCUCAGAUGGAUAAAAGCUAAGAAAAUAUUCACAAGACGUUAUGUAUUUGUCCCUAUAGUUGGUUGGGGUCACUGGAGCGUCCUUGUGUUGUGCAAUUUUGGCGAGACAAAGUACUUGGGUACUGAAAAGGGACCACGUAUGCUGCUACUUGAUUCUCUUAAAACCAAAAAGCCGACGAGACUGCGAACAGCCAUCAACAGAUUUGUUGUUGAUAAUUUAAAAAACGAAGAGCGGGAAGAGAUAGAGCAGUUCAUAAAUGAAGUUGAGCUUGAGAUUCCUGAGGUACCACAGCAAAGUGGGGAUGACUGUGGUAUAUAUGUUCUUUACUUUAUCUACUGUUUUCUCGUAAUCGAAGAAAUGGGUGAAGAUUUGAGCAAGCUGGAUGCCUUGUUUGAUCCGGAGGAGCUAAAGAACCUAGAAGACAUCCGCAAUGAUAUCCAUGCGUACCGAGAGAAAAGGGAUGCCAAAAUUGCAGAGUAGGUACGGCAAGAACACGUCAAGAUUGGUAAUAUCGUAACCUAUCUACCGACAAAUCAGAGCUUCAUCUUCACCGGUGGCAGGUUUCGAGGACAUUUAAAGAGUAUCAAUCCUGUGUUGGUAAUACAGUUUAUACAUACUGUGAAGACGAAGAUGCUACCUGGUCCAAGCAGAUAGCUUCAGCAACAGCCAGCACCUAAUUUAUGAUAUACAGGAUUUACAAGUGUUUCCAUUCGUUCAAACAUUUAAGACACUGCUAUGUUGAGUGCAUUUGGUAGAUUCGGUUUGUAGUACAUUUUGAAUAACUUGGAUCGAUCGGUUAUCGUCCUGUUUUUGUAGACAAUAUAAAUCUUUUGUUACUGUAGUUUUUUAAAAACUGUAGAUGAGAUAAAUCUAUGGGGAGACGUUUGAUAUGGCUUAAUUGCUA